AUGGCGCACUCAUGUGCGGACAUCGAGAACACGGUGUAUGCAGCCAUCAAUGAGGUCAAAUGGCUGGAAGUCGAGGCAAAGCUCGGAAGGGGGUGCAAGGAGUUCUCUUUCAACUUGACAUUCCACGAGUCCCCGGAGCAGGCCGCACUCGGCUUCUGUCGCGAGAAUGUGCUGCGUGGCUUGAAGGUCAACCUUUCUGACGCGGGCACCGGGAUCAACGAGCCUCCGGCAUUGCAAAGUCAGAGUGUGGCUGUUUCGCGGGCGGACUCUGUUGCAGGCAGUUCCGACACGGACCCGCCGCCGGCCAAGAAGAUCAAGAAAUCCACCGCGGUCGAGGUCAAGCUCACGCCGCAGCGGAACUUCAUCAUCCUGGAGCACAAAGUGAACCUGAUGAAGGCCCUUGAGAGUGGCAAGGCCACCAUGGUGAAGGACAAGAAGUUCUAUUUGACAGGGCUCCAGAUCGACAUCGACAACGUGGACUUCAAGGUGCACAAGUGUUCCCUGGCUGCCAAGGUCAACGCACAGGACUUGAGCAGCGGUGGUGACGGCACGGAGGCAACGCUUCCAAAGUUUGCAUUUUUCAGCGUCGCCAAUGGCGCAUCUGGAAGCCGUGUGCAUCGGGCAUUGAUGAGUGCGAGUCCGGGGACAUUUGGUCAAUUUGGUGACCGCUUUCAAAUCUUCUUCGGCUCAGUGGAAAUCGCUGGUAUGAUGGCUUGGCUUUGUCAGCCAUCAUACACUGCCAACCCCGUCAACACGAUGCAGAUCAGCAAACACGUCUUCAAUCACUUCCCGGGCUUCACACACGUCCAUGUUUGGCUGCUACUGUUACAUGACUUGCAGCUUAACUUUCUUGAAUCAGGGCUUCUGGAUCUCCGACAAAGUCGCGGUCGCGGAGGCUUCCCCGGUCACUGUCCUGGACGUGACGGUUUCCUUGGAUACAUUGCAGACCUUCACGAUCCAGUCUCUGAGGGAGAAGUGCACUCAGGAUUUCUUCAAGAAGGAGAUUGCAAGCACAAAGGCCUCCCUGGCCUUUGCAAAGGAAGACGUGGAGCAGCUGCAGAUGAAACUGGACAUCCUGCUCGCCAAGACGGGCUCGGAAGCGAUCCAGGAUCCCACCGCGGUCGAGGUCGAACGGACCGCUGCGAGGACCAGCUGAGCUGA